CUGGCAGAAAGAUGGAGUCCCAGUAACUGCUGGAGGGAAAAUUUCCCUCAUAAAAGAGAAACCGCAAUUGAUCAUCCGAGUAGCUAAAGGAGUGGACAGUGGAAAAUAUUCUUGCACGGUUGAAAACAAUUUCGGGAAAGACAGCUUAUCCUCCAUAGUCAGAGUAAUGGGACCUUCUAAGCCUAAAAUAAAGAUUCCUGAGAAACCAAGGACGAUAGAAGCUCAAGAUCAAAGUCCCAUCACUUUGACCAUUGCCGAUAACCUAACAGCACUUGUCAAUACAAGCAUUACCAUUCAGUGUCUCACCAGCGGUGUACCAACACCAACUGUCACCUGGACAAAAGAUGGUGAACAAAUCCCCAGUGAUGGCAGGUACACAGUUCAAGAUGAUGGUUCAUUGCUGAUCAGUGACGCUAGUGAAGAAGACAGCGCUCAAUACACGUGCACUGCAGAUAGUGUUGCUGGUAAAGACAGGGUAUCAAGCGCGGUGAAGAUUGUUGAGCCCGUUAAACCCGCGAUCGAUGUCCGCAAGAUUGGAGUUAAGAUUCCUGUUGGCGAUGGCAGUCCAGUGACUAUGAACGUUGGUGAUAACGUGACAGCAGCUUCAAACACCACCAUCACCAUCAGGUGUCCAGUUAGUGGCGUACCAACACCAUCUGUUACCUGGCAUAAGGACGGAGCUCAAAUGUUUGAACAGGAUAGAGUAACAUUCAUUGCCGAUAAUAAUUCUUUGGUUAUUGAAGUAGCAAUGGUGGUGGAUAGUGCAAAGUAUACCUGUCGUGUUCAAAGUGUGUUUGGAAUGGAUGAGGUGUCUUCUCAAGUUACUCUCAUUGACCCAGUGCGACCACACAUUGCGUCUUCACUUGGAGAUGUAACGUCAUUUAGUCAAGAUUUAGUGAACAUUACCAUUGGACAAAACCUUCUCACCAUAAUCGAUACUAAGUUGUCAAUUCAUUGUGAGGCAAGUGGUGUUCCUGUUCCUAAGAUUGCUUGGACCAGAGGAAACGAGACUCUUCCUUCAGAUGGUCGGAUGAGUGUUCAAAACGGAACUCUCGUCCUAGUUGAAAUGGAAACUUCUGACAGUGGAAACUAUACAUGCACCGCAGAAAAUACCGCAGGAAGAGCUUCAGUGUCUUCAAACGUAACCGUUGCAGUUCCUACACCGCCAGAAAUCAUUCGGAAAGGAAUUGAAGAUGUACAAGUUCUUGAGCCGAAAUCAAUAGAGGCUGUUAUUGGAAGCAGAGUUCUCACAAUCAGUGGGAACAAUGUGUCAAUAUCUUGUGGUGUCAGAGGUUUUCCAACUCCAUCCGUUGAAUGGACUAAAGAUAGUGUUCUGUUGGAAGCGGAAGGAUCCAUUUUAAGCCUAUCAUCUGUAGACUCUAAUGACACUGGUUGGUAUACGUGUACGGCAACAAGUCCUGUGGGUUCGUUCGAUUCGCAGGGUACAAACCUGUUAGUAUUAGCCAUUCAGCUUCCCAAAAUAAUAACUAAUAAAGAUGACGUUGAAGUGCUCAAGAUCGAGAACAUAUCAGUUCCCGUCGGAGGUCUAGUAACAACUCUAGCUGAUAACAGAGUCAGUAUGGUUUGCGAAGUCAGCGGAAUUCCAGCCCCUCAGGUCACGUGGGAAAGAGAUGGAGUGGAAGUGCAAAGGGGCGGCAAGUUCUACACUAUAGACAGCACCAGUCAUGGCAAUAACGGAAACUACAGCUGUAUUGCUAGAAACAGUGCUGGAGAAGUCAAAGCGACAUCACAACUUAAAAUCCUGGCUGGUUCAGCUCCUAAUAUCAACGGGUCACGUGACAGCAGGGUUCAUCUGAGAAUCGACUUCUUCGCAAUAACAGUUGGAACCAAUCUGACCACACUGGCCAGCUCAGGACUGGAAAUCAGUUGUCCUGUCACUGGAUUUCCCAAACCUUCUAUUCAGUGGUACCGAGAGGGUGUCCCUGUAGAGCCUGGUAUGANAGGCUCGUAG